UGGAAUCAAAUGAGAUAGAAACUUUCAAAUUCAUACAAGAAUGAGGCGUAUUGGAUUUCACAACUUAAAUCAACAAAGAACAAGGAGGAUACUUACUUCUUCUUCUUCUUCAACCGUUCUUCCUCAUCUUGCACCAUCAUGUCAAGAAACCAUUCUCUCACCCCAAGAUCCAAAACCCAAAACAGAUCUUCCAAGCAGUUUCAGCUUCUUGCGAGAAACAAAGCCAUCCAUUUCUUGCCCGAGGAAUCAAGUUACAGAUUCAGUGAACAGAGUUAAGCUCCGAGAUGGGAGAUUCCUAGCUUAUAAAGAGAGAGGUGUUCCAAAGAACGAAGCCAAAUACAAGAUCAUUCUUAUUCAUGGGUUUGGAAGCUCCAAAGAGAUGAACUUCUCUGCUUCAAAAGAGUUGAUAGAAGAGCUAGGCGUAUAUUUUCUACUCUACGACCGAGCUGGAUAUGGAGAUUCUGAUCCAAACCCGGAACGUUCGUUGCAAGGCGAAGCGCUUGACAUAGAAGAACUUGCUCGUAAGUUGCAGAUAGGACCCAAGUUUUACUUAAUUGGAGUUUCCAUGGGAUCAUAUCCUACGUGGAGUUGUCUUAAACACAUACCUCACAGGCUAGCUGGAGUGGCGUUUGUAGCUCCGGUCGUAAACUAUGGGUGGCCGUCGCUUUCUAAGAAGCUUAUAAAGAAAGACUACAGGAGGGGGCUUAUAAAAUGGUGUUUUCGGAUAUCGAAAUAUGCACCUGGCCUGUUAAAUUGGUGGAUCAGUCAGAAACUCUUCCCAUCAACUACUUCAGUCCUUGAAAGCAAUCAACUCUAUUUCAACAGCAGUGACAUUGAGGUACUCAAGAGAAUUACCGGUUUUCCGAUGCUUACUAAGGAUAAACUACGGGAAAGGAGUGUAUUUGAUACUCUUAAAGACGAUUUCUUGGCGGGGUUCGGGCAUUGGGACUUUGAUCCAUCUGAUGUAAGAAUGAGUGGAGAGAACUCUGUUCAUAUAUGGCAUGGAAAGGAAGACAAGGUGGUUCCGUUUCAACUUCAUAGAUGCAUCUUGAAGAAGCUGCCUUGGAUCAAAUAUCAUGAGAUACCUCAUGGAGGACAUUUGAUCGUACACUAUGAUGGUACGUGCGAUGCGGUUCUAAGGGCACUAUUGCUCGGGGAAAAUCAAAAGAUGUAUCAACCCGAAUACAACUAAAAUCUCUUGUGUUUGGAGACACAUACGAUUUCAAAUUGUU